AUUGAGAUCCUCCCAUAAAGGAAGCUAGAAUGAGAGGUGGUUAAACCAGACACAACUGCAAAAUAAAAACUCUCUCACUGAUUGAGAGAGUGGAGAACUACCGCGAGUAAACAUGGCCAAUAUCACGAAGAAAGUGUCGUGGUCGAGCCGGGGUGACGAGUCCGGUGGCGGCGAGAGAACCCCACUUCUCAACGGCUCCGAAGAGGUCCGGUACAGCAGACAGUUGUCCGGGGACGGUGGUAUGUUUCACAUCGGCAGACUGAGCACGGUGGAUCUGGAGGAGGAUAUGACGUCAGACGAGGACUCAGUGAGGGGCUGUCCCAAGGAGAUCCCUCACAACGAGAAGCUGCUGUCACUCAAAUAUGAGAGUCUGGACUAUGACAACAGUGAGAAUCAGCUGUUUCUGGAGGAGGAGAGACGGAUGAGCUUCUUAGGGUUCAAGUGUUUGGAGAUCAGUCGGUGGGUGAUCUGUGGUCUGAUUGGCUUCCUGACUGGACUCAUAGCCUGUUGCAUAGAUAUCGCCGUGGAGAACCUGGCUGGGCUCAAGUACUACGUUGUCAAACAGAACAUCGAGAAGUUUACGGAGGUGGGAGGUCUCUCCAUCUCCCUCAUCCUCUGGGCUGUGCUGAACUCUGCCUUCGUCAUGGUGGGCGCUGUCAUAGUGGCUUUCUUCGAGCCAGGAGCAGCAGGAAGUGGGAUACCCCAGAUUAAGUGUUAUCUGAACGGAGUGAAGAUCCCCCGGGUGGUGAGACUCAAGACCCUGGUGGUGAAGGUGUGUGGUGUGAUCUGCUCUGUCGCCGGGGGACUCGCUGUCGGAAAGGAAGGUCCCAUGAUCCACUCUGGUGCCGUGGUGGCAGCAGGAGUCUCCCAGGGACGCAGUACCUCCCUGAAGAAAGACUUCAAGAUCUUUGAGUAUUUCCGUAGAGACACAGAGAAGAGGGACUUUGUAUCAGCUGGAGCGGCUGCAGGAGUGUCUGCUGCUUUUGGAGCACCAGUCGGUGGCGUUUUAUUCAGUUUGGAGGAGGGGGCUUCUUUCUGGAACCAGAUGCUCACAUGGAGGAUAUUCUUUGCAUCCAUGAUCUCAACAUUCACCCUGAAUUUCUUCCUGUCCAUCUACAAUAAUAAACCUGGAGAUCUCUCCAGCCCUGGUCUUAUCAACUUCGGACGCUUCGAGAGUGACAGUGUGGCCUACAACCUCUAUGAGAUUCCCUUGUUCAUUGUAAUGGGAGCUGCAGGUGGAUUGCUGGGAGCCCUGUUCAAUACCCUCAACUACUGGCUGACUAUAUUCAGGAUCAGGUACGUCCACCGGCCCUGUCUCCAGGUGAUGGAGGCCAUGCUAGUUGCCGCGGUAACGGCGACGGUGUCGUUCGCCAUGAUCUAUUUCUCUAAUGACUGUCAGCCUCUCGGACCUGACCAGUCAGAGGACUACCCUCUACAGUUGUUCUGUGCGGAUGGAGAGUAUAACUCCAUGGCAACGGCCUUCUUCAACACACCCGAGAGGAGCGUCCGCAGUCUCUUCCACAACCCACCAGGUUCCUACAACCCUCUGACUCUAAGUCUGUUUACGUUGACCUAUUUCUUCCUGGCCUGUUGGACCUAUGGCCUGACUGUCUCAGCUGGAGUCUUCAUCCCGUCUCUGCUCAUAGGAGCAGCCUGGGGAAGACUGUUUGGGAUACUGCUGGCUGCUAUCACGCCUAACGGAUCGGUUUGGGCCGUUCCAGGGAAGUAUGCUUUAAUGGGAGCUGCAGCACAACUGGGGGGCAUCGUGAGGAUGACUCUCAGUUUAACAGUCAUCAUGGUGGAGGCAACAGGAAACGUGACAUACGGUCUCCCCAUCAUGUUGGUGCUGCUGACGGCCAAGAUAGUAGGGGACUACUUUGUGGAGGGUCUGUAUGACAUCCACAUCAAGCUGCAGAGUGUUCCCUUCCUGCACUUGGAGGCCCCUGCCACCUCCCACUGGCUAACAGCCAGGGAGGUGAUGGGUGCCCCAGUCACCUGUUUUAACCGUAUAGAAAAGGUUGGCACCAUCGUGGACGUCCUUAGCAACACCUCCACCAAUCACAACGGCUUCCCUGUCGUCGUGCCGGUCGCCGCUAGCGACGAUCUGGGGAAGAUCUGUGGACUCAUCCUUCGUUCUCAGCUCAUUGUUCUGCUCAAACACAAGGUGUUUGUAGAGCUGGCUCGGUCCAGGUUGACCCAGAGGAAGCUACAGCUGAAGGACUUUAGGGAUGCCUACCCCCGCUUCCCCCCCAUCCAGAGUAUCCACGUCUCCCAGGAUGAGAGGGAGUGCAUGAUGGACCUGACAGAGUUCAUGAACCCUACACCCUACACCGUACCACAGGAGACGUCUCUUCCUCGUGUGUUUAAGUUGUUCAGAGCUCUGGGUCUCAGGCACCUGGUGGUAGUGGACAGCGAGAACAGGGUCGUAGGUCUGGUGACCAGGAAGGACUUGGCUCGCUACCACCUGGGGAAACACGGACUGGAGGAGAUGCAACUGGCUCAGACAUGAUGCACAUCCUACUAUUAUUACUACCACACACACACACACACACACACACACACA